CCUUGUGUAUUUAUACUCCAGCAGAAACACAAAAGCAGUUAAAUAUACAGCUUUUGAUGUUGAGAAAAUGUCUUGGGUUCUCUCUACCCUUUUUACCCAAAGGUAGAGUCUGCAGUCGAUGUUAGUCUCGGUCCGUCUUGAUCACUGCUAUCUUAUCUUGUGCUAACAUCAUCGUGUCAUGGAGCAUUUAUGAUGUCAGUAGGGUCAAAAGGUCUGCCCUUGAGAACCCUAUUUGCCCUUGAAUACCCACCACUUAUUUGACUGAGGACUGUGCUGCAGCUAUAGUACUUUGGAAAUGUGUGUGUUAGGGCGUCGGUGUGUGUGUGUGUGUGUGUGAGGGAGAGAAAGUGAGCUAAUUCCAUCAUUGCACCUCCCUAAUCCUGCCUGCCUGUUAAAAGGUGCCGCCGCCACAUCGGGGGGCUGCAGAGCUCUCCUCUCCACCCUGUCAACAUCUAUUUCCAGCCUGCACCUCCACGACACGAGCGGACAGCCUGCAAUUACUAGUCCUCCGUUAAGCAGCGAACCGAGGGAGCUGAUUUUUUUACAAUACAUCUGCUAAUAGACUGUUAUUGCAGGUAACGCACACAUUUGCAGACACGCUAUUGCAUACACACACACACACCUAUAAACCCACACAAACCCACACAUACACACACAGGCUUGUACAAGCGUCAGCCAUGAACGGCACAGAAGGGCCCAACUUCUACGUGCCCAUGUCCAACAAGACGGGGGUGGUGCGCAGCCCCUUCGAGCACCCCCAGUACUACCUGGCCGAGCCGUGGAAGUACUCGCUGGUGGCCGCCUACAUGCUCUUCCUCAUCGCCACCGCCUUCCCCGUCAACUUCCUGACACUGUACGUGACGGUGAAGAACAAGAAGCUGCGGACGCCGCUCAACUACAUCCUGCUGAACCUGGCCGUGGCGGACCUCUUCAUGGUGGUGGGGGGCUUCACGGUCACGCUGUACACGGCGCUGCACGGCUACUUCGUCCUGGGCGUCGGCGGCUGCAACAUCGAAGGCUUCUUCGCCACCCUGGGAGGAGAGAUCGCCCUGUGGUCUCUGGUGGUGUUGGCCGUGGAGCGCUACGUCGUCGUCUGCAAGCCCAUGAGCAACUUCCGCUUCGAGGAGAAGCACGCCGUCGCGGGCCUGGCCUUCACCUGGGUCAUGGCGCUGACCUGCGCCGGCCCACCUCUGUUCGGCUGGUCCCGGUACAUCCCAGAGGGCAUGCAGUGCUCCUGUGGGAUCGACUACUACACCCCCAAGCCUGAAAUCAACAACACGUCGUUUGUCAUCUACAUGUUCCUCCUCCACUUCCUCAUCCCGCUCUUCGUCAUCUUCUUCUGCUACGGCCGCCUGCUCUGCACCAUCCGAGCGGCUGCGGCCCUGCAGCAGGAGUCUGAAUCCACCCAGCGAGCGGAGAAGGAGGUGACCCGCAUGGUCAUCGUCAUGGUGAUCUCCUUCCUGGUGUGCUGGGUGCCCUACGCCACCGUGGCCUGGUACAUCUUCAUCAACCAGGGGGCCGAGUUCGGACCAGUGUUCAUGACCGCGCCCGCAUUCUUCGCCAAGAGCGCCGCCCUCUAUAACCCCGUCAUCUACAUCUUGCUCAACAGACAGUUCAGGAACUGCAUGCUCACCACGGUAUGCUGCGGCAGGAACCCGUUCAGAGAGGAGGACACUGGGCUCAGCUCCAAAACCCAGUCCUCCACCAUCUCUACCAGCCAGGUGGCCCCGGCUUGACCUUUGACCCGCUAUGGCACUCAACCCCCCCCCCCCCCCCCCCCUCACCUGCCCAACCCCCCGCACCAGAAUCCCAAUCACACAGCCCCCAACUUUGAUCUGAUUGGCCGGUGAUUUUGAUUUACCUUCCUGUCCGCGUUGACCACAUCGGGCCUCAUGCACACAUUCAGAUGUGUUAAAGGCCCACACAUGUUGUAUAGGCUCUACCACACACAACCCAAUGUACAAUGGAGAGUGUUCAUGUUGUGUUUUCUACUGCACACCCUCAUGUUCACUGGAAAGCUGGCCUCGGUUGAGUUUUAAACUGUAAAACGUCCUGGGGUUUUUCUGCGCAACCCUCCAACUAAAAAUGGCCUCUCUCCUUCUGGAUUCUUCCUUCUAUUGUAAAAGGUUAAGAAACAUUAGCCCAAAUUAGAAUAUUACUGUAUAUACUGCAUUAUGUUACAUUAUGUUUUUCACGUUGUGUAUUUAAUCGGACAGUCAAGUUAUGACAUCUGUAAAUUAACCAAAGUGUUAAAUUUAUAAUUAAUGAAUGUAUAUUUUUUUUCCAUUUGUCUAGCUAUGUUCAUUUUAUUAGCUAAAACAUUUUAUUGUCAUUAUCAUUUCCAUGGAGCUAAAAAUGAAAAUGAUAUCUUAGAAAGAAAGGCAAGGAGAAGAUAAUAGGUGCCUUUUCAUCCAAAAAAGGAUUUUAGCUCCGUACUAAAUCUGUGGUUUGUAGCUUCUCGUUGGUCUGGGAGAACUGUCAGCACACAGAAGAAGCAGCUCAGCGUUAAUGAGCUAUGUUGAGCUAGCAGAGGUGUGGGUGAUAUUUCCCCAUGUCUGUAGGGCCUUGGUCCAAGUCGCAACUGGUCAAUCUGUCGGCACAGAGAGGCUGACACUCUUUUCUGUUGCCUCUUAAUAUCGAGUGAGACAAUGACCAGCAAGGAAAUAAAUAGAAAUGGUCUGCUAUUGAAGAUUGUUCAGGUUAUUUGUGUGUGUGUGUGUGUGUGUGUGUGUCUAUUUGUGUGUGUUUAUUGUGAGAGUGUGUGUUU